CAGCACAGCUGUUUAACGACAUACAUUUGGUUAAAAGUUGGCAGUACUGACUGUUAAAGGUUUUUCGUCGUGGAAGGAAAUGUCAGAAAGUAGAGGAGGAAAAAAUUUACAACGAAAAAUAUUUUUCCUCCAUUGCUUGGAGAAUAUCGCGAAAAACCAUUAAAAUUGUAGUUUUCCUAAAGAGUCCCGUAAUAUAACUAUCAAUGUGCAUAUAUGAUUUUUUAAUAUUGUACAAUACCUAGAAUAAAAACGAAAUAAUUAGAAGUGGUUAAGUGACACGAAAACAGUAUAGCAAAGGGAGGAACAGUAAUAACAGCAACAAAGGAAAGGUGUAAAGCAAAAUCGUAGCGGAGCGCCACUUCACCAAUUGCAAAUAUAGCGUUAAAUGGAAUUUACGUAUUUUUCUCAGAAAAAGGUUAUUUAAACAGCAACAUAUUAAACAUAAUUCACAAAAAGAGCAUUCGCGUGUGCAAUAAAAAAAGAUUACAUAUAAAAUGAAUCGAAGUGAUGGUUUGGUGAGACGCGCCGUAAAAACACGGGACAAUGGCGCCGAAGGUGGUGCCUACGGACAAAAUGCAAACACAACGGAUGAAGAUAAUGAUUUAAACAACAGUAAUAGAGAUCAGGAGGAAAAUAUUGAUGAUGGUGAUUCCAAACAGACACGUCUAACACUGAUGGAAGAAGUUUUACUGUUGGGAUUAAAAGACAAAGAGGGCUACACAUCCUUUUGGAAUGAUUGCAUAUCGAGUGGCUUGCGUGGUUGCAUUCUCAUUGAGCUUGGAUUGCGCGGACGUGUCAUGAUGGAGAAAACAGGCAUGCGCCGACGAGGCUUGUGUUCCAGAAAACUAAUUUUAAAAUCAGAUCAACCGACCGGUGAUGUGCUGCUUGACGAGGCACUCAAACAUAUUAAAGAAACAGAUCCACCAGAAACUGUGCAAAGUUGGAUUGAAUAUUUGAGCGGCGAAACAUGGAACCCUUUGAAAUUACGCUAUCAACUGAAAAAUGUACGCGAACGAUUGGCAAAGAAUCUGGUUGAGAAGGGUGUGCUUACGACAGAAAAACAAAAUUUUUUACUUUUCGACAUGACAACACACCCGCUAAGCGACAAUGUGGUGAAAUGCCGUUUAGUGAAAAAGAUACAAGAUGCCGUGCUUUCCAAAUGGGUCAAUGAUCCGCAGCGUAUGGAUAAACGUAUUCUGGCCUUAAUAUUUUUGGCGCACGCUAGUGAUGUAAUUGAGAAUGCGUUUGCGCCGCUAAAUGAUGAUGACUAUGAAUUGGCCAUGAAGCGUGUGAGAGAAUUGUUGGAUUUGGACUUUGAGGCGGAGGCGGCCAAACCGAAUGCAAACGAAAUACUUUGGGCCGUAUUUAUGGCUUUCAGUAAAUAAAAUCCUGUUAAUUUUUAUGGGAUUGAAUGAUAAGCAAUCGCGUUAUCUGCCAAUGCCACACGUAAAUAUACAUAAACAUACAUACACAAUAUAGAAUACAGAGACACAACCCAAAAGAAAAAAAAGGAUUUUUUAAUAUAUGAAAAUAAUUAUGAUGAAUAAAUUUAUAUUAUAAAAAUUAUCUAUUUUUUCUUGUGAAAAUCUAUACUUUUCCAUUAUUUACCAUUGUUAAAAGAGAGAGAAAAAAAAUUAUAAAAAUAAAUAUAUACAUACAUACAUAAUUUUACGAAAAUAGAUAAACAUUUUGAAAAACAAAUGAAAAGUGAAAAAUUUGAAUAUUUAAGUAUUUUAAAUUGAAGUCAUGUAGACAAAUUACGCUGAAAUUUAUAAAAAACAAAAAAGAAACCCAUAAUUUUUUGCAUAACUCACAGACAUGCAUAUAUACAUUCAUAUAUAAUAUUGUAUAUGUAUAUGUAAGCAAGAUAGACAAAAUAAUGAAAAUGCAAAAAUUAAAUUGACCUUAAAAUUUUGUAUAGUUAAAAUAACAAUUAUAAAAAUGAUGAAUUGAAAACACGACGCAGACUUAGUAUUUUGUUUAAGCAAUUAGUAAAGUCUAUACAAAUUCCAUAUACAUAUGUUGAGUAUUAGCAUAAUUUGGAAGGUUUUUUUUAAUGGAAAAGUUUAACCAAAUUUUCUGCAUGAACUCCCGCGCAUUGGUUAUGAAUUUGGUUAAUAUGCAAAAUUUAGCUCUAAAUGUCUAUGCAAUUUUUUCGAUGUCACAGUGUAAGCCACAAAAAAAGUAAGCAGACAUUUUUUUUUACAAAAUUUACGCACUAAAUGUAAAAAACCCUAUUUAAUUUUGGAAUUAUGGGUAGUGAAAAAGAUUUGCAUGACAAAAUGCUAGAAAGAGGGUCAUAAAAUAUAGAACCACUUUUUGCUGUUUACUAACUUAAAUGUUUAAAUAUUUCUAUUAAUUGAUUGUGUUGAUUUUUUGUUUUCUAUUUCACAUGCUCUUUCUUUGAUUAAUGUUUUAAAUAUGUAAUUAAGUUAAGUUUUUUCUCAAAUACACUCCUUGACGUUUUUAUUGACCGUAAAGGGUUUCCAAAAUGUAUACAUUUCAAAAAUUAUGCUUAAAAUUGCCCCAUUCCCAUGCUAGUUACUAAUAAGUACGUAUACACAAUUUUUGUUCAAAAUAAAUAUUUUAUCUACACAAAUGCAUAUGUAUGCAACAACUUAUGAAAUUCAAAAAUGAUGGAUUAUUUUAACACAAGCAAAACUAAAAUUUUUAUACGUUGGUAGUAUUGCACUUGGUUAAAAGCUGCUAACACUGCAAAAGCAAUAAACAACUGAGCUAAUGAAAACUAUUACACUUACACACACACAUAGACAAACUAAAAAUCGGAUGACUUAUGCAAAAACUUGCGACACAAGCGUUUAGAAAACUUGAAUACAUAACUAAAUGCAUAAGUGUAUGUAUAUGUACCUACAUAUUAACUAUUAUACAGACAUAUUCAAUGCAUUUUGAGCACAUGUCUUAAUGUAUACAUACUCACACUCACAUCUGGCAUAACCAUUGACGAAAAUUCAAACAAUAAUAAAUAAACUGAGUUGAUUAUCGAAGUAA